AUGAGAUAUAAUUUAAGAGAACAUGUAAAGACUAUGAAGUCUGAUAAAGCGAAAAGUGAAAAUAACGAUAUGUCAAGCCAAAGAUGGCCGAAAGGUAAACAUUGGUUACAGAGUAGGCAGUUACUUGAAAGUAUUCCGCUAUCAAAAGUAGUAGACUCUAAGGCAAAGAAAUUUUAUAUGUUCACUGAAAAUGAACCCGAAAAAGGCAUACCACCAAAAUAUUUAAAAAGGGACUUAACGACAUCAAGUAGCGAAGACGGUAUUAAUGUUGAAUCACUUUACGUAUAUCAAACGGAGACUAAAAUUGAUAGUUCAAAUUACUCGGUUGAAGCCAUGAUUGAAAAUUUAAUAGAAAGUAGUUUUGAAGGGUUGACUAAUCUGGUAAAUUUGGAGACAAAUAAUACUUUAAAUAAUUCAGUUGAUGAAAAUUCGUCACUCUUUUUAUACCCAGUAAGAAAUGAGUCGUUAGAAAAUUCGAACAAUACAGAAAAAAUAUAUUAUAAUGAAACUAUUCCUAAUUUCCUUUAUAAAAAAAUCGAUAGAAAAACCCUUGAUCUAAAUGGAAAUGGUAAUGAUACAAAUAUCACACAAAGUAGCCAAAGAGAAUUUUUAGAAAUAAUUACCAAAAUGUCAAAUAAAAUAGAAAAGCAGAACAAUAACUCGAUCGAUAUCAUCAAUCGAAUUGCGGGUAAUAAUUUAAGAAAAAAUAUUCCGUAUCCAGCUAAUUUUCAACAAGAUAUGAAAAUUGAUAAUAUUACUACUUUUAGUAAUGAAGCAAAAACAAAAGAAGUAUCAAAAAUAAAGAGGGAUAUUACUAUAAUUGAAUUAUCUUUUUUCAUCCUAUGA